AUGAAGACCACAUCUGUAAUCCGAUUCACGGUGUUGUCCGUGAUGUUGAACUGCGUGACAUCAAGUUUUCUACCUAUACGCAAACCCAAAGGCCAUUAUGCAAAUUUCAUAGUCAAGUACGGAAACAGCGUUAGCGAAGACGGUUUAAUCAUGAACGCAGCGCUGUCGUGGGGCAAGUGGCAGCAGGAUGAGGAAGAUGUGACCACAGUCAAUCACAUUGUAUUCAACAGAGCUCAAGCGGCUAAGUUCAAGGCGUCGGGGCGCGACGGCAGUCCCUCUGGCGCCGAGGGUACAUUCGAAAUACACGUGGGCGGGAAGAAGAUCGCCGUCGUCGAAUUCAAUAUACCGUACUGGGGUGAUAACGAGCUAAGCAUUCGUAAAUUCGACGAACGAUUUGUGUGCAACCAGAGCGGCUUCACAACCGACCGCUCCCCGACUAUCAAUAUAAAUUGUUUUAAGAUCUCCAGU